AUGACGAGACGUGAGGAAUCCCGCAACGAUGCUGGGUUUUCCCAAAGCAAUGGCGUGCAAGCGACUGAAGAGACGCCUCCGUUCGAUAAUGGAGAAGAGCUUAUCGCAGAAACGGGUACCAGUGAAUUGGUGACUGGCACAACCACAAUACUUCCUUCGUCAAAGCUGGGGCAGGAAGAACCACUCCUAAAAACAAGUCACCACCAGCAUGUGAAGUACGGCACUCAAGAUGCUGAGGACGGAUCAGUCCACGAGGAGAAUGCGAUCGUAGCUUCACGAAAAACUGCGGCUGUGCUUCCGGUCAUGUCAGUCCUUGCUCUUGGAGUGCUGAUCGGCAGCGCUGACAGCUCAUUCGUGAUGGCGACUCACCCCACGAUUGCUUCCGAGUUCAAUGCACUCGGCUCAUCGAGUUGGCUGUUUACAGGCUUCACCUUGGCAGCGGCUGCCACUGGUAACACGAUAAGUAAACUUGGCGAGAUCUUUGGACGGCGAGGCGUGAUUGCCAUGACUUAUGUAGUGUUCGGUAUUGGCUGCUUGAUGGUAGGUGUUGCCAACUCCAUGCUUCAAGUCAUUGCUGGCAGAGUUGUUUCAGGCAGCGCUGGAGCAGGGAUGGGGGUGUUAAUAUCGGUCAGCAUCACUGAUCUCGUCCCUAUCCGAGAAGUGCCAACUUGGAGAGCGUACAUUAUGCUAGUUGGUACCUUGGGCCGCAGUCUAGGUGCACCACUUGGAGGACUGCUUGCAGACACAAUUGGAUGGCGUCUUUCGUUCUCGAUCCAAGGGCCACUUUUGUUUUUUACCGCUCUUCUUGUCUGGUUGAUCUUGCCUCGCAAGGCCUCAUCCCCUGGAGAAGAUCAAGAGCCAAAGCUUUCAGCACUGGAACAGGUCGCACAGCUUGAUUUUCUGGGCGCGAUCACCUUAGGGUUGCUGAUAACAUCAACUCUCAUCCCCCUUGAGCUUGGUGGUGUAGUACUUCCAUGGUCCCACCCAUUGAUUACGCUAUUAUUUGGCCUCGCGAUUGUGCUACUUGGAGUAUUCAUUCUAAUUGAAAAGCACUGGACGAAAGAUCCUAUAUUGCCACUCGAGAUAUUCGCCAAUACUCCUGUCGUCCUAUGCUACGGAAUCACGCUUCUUCAGGUUGCUGCCAUGGUCGGGGACACCUUUGACGCAAUCAUUAACAGUCACAGUGGUAUUGGAAUGGGCUUAGUUUUCAACACUAUGUUCGUCUCAAUUCAAGCAUCGGCUUCGAAAGAGGAACUAGCACCAGCAUUGGCAGCCCUGCACCUGUCCAUGAAUCUUGGAGCCUCUAUCGGUCUUGCAAUUCUGAAUGUGGUAUUGCAAGCCGUGUUGAAGCAACAGUUAGAGAGCCGUUUGCUGGCCCUAGGUGUCGACAAGAUUCACAGAGAAAAGAUAAUGGAAAAAGCCUUGUCAAAUGUCGAGUACAUCACUCAAGCCCCAGCGAGAAUUUCAGGGGCACUUGUGACGUCUUAUGAGAUUGCGCUCCAGUGGACAAAUGGUGAGCUGUGA